CCAAGAUGGCGGCACGCCGGACGCUGCUGGCAGCGGGGCGCGCGGCGGGGGGCGGGCGGCGCGGGGCCGCGGGGAACAUUCCCGGCCCGGGUCCCGCUGCCGGCGUCGGGACCGGGACCGGGACCGGGAUCGGGAUCGGGAUCGGGAUCGGGACCGGGCGGAGCCGCCUAUACGAGCACGUGCGGGAGGGGCUGAGCGCGCGGCCGCAGCUCGACGUGACCGCUCUCAGUGAGCGCGAGGUGGAGCAGCGGCGCGGACCGCUGGGGGGCGCCGCGCUCCGGGAGAUCGUGCGGACGUGGUCGCGGCUGGGGAAGGUCCGGGAUGGCAUCGCCCGGCUGGAGGUUGAGAAGGGGCGUGUGGCCGAGGGGGUCCGCGAGAUCAUGGCCUCCCAUGACAAGGCGGCAGCCAAGACGCAGCUCCCGGCAUUGGCAGAGCUGCGGGAGCGGGGCCGGAGCCUCCGGGGGCAGCUCCGGGUGCUCGAGGCUGAGGAAUCCGACCUGGAGCAGAGAUUUUACCUGGGGGCCCUGCAGCUGCCCAACAGAACCCACCCUGCUGUGCCCGUUGGAGACCAGACUCAGGCCCGGCUGCUCGAGGUGGUUGGUGAGAAACCAGUGUUUGAUUUCAAGCCAAAGGGACACCUGGAGCUGGGGGAGGGGCUGGACAUCAUCCGGCAAAGGCGCCUUUCCCAUGUGUCGGGCCAUCGCUCCUAUUACCUGAGUGGGGCCGGAGCCCUGCUCCAGCACGCCCUCGUCACCUUCACCUUACGGAAGCUGCUCAGCAAGGGUUUCCUGCCCAUGACAGUGCCAGACCUGCUGCGAGGAGCUGUUUUUGAGGGCUGUGGGGUCCAGCCCAGCGCUAACCCCUCCCCAGUUUACAACAUUGACCCUGCACGCUUCGAGGACCUGUGUCUGGCCGGGACCUCGGAGGGUAUUUCAUGGACCAUGCAGUGCAGCUGCAGGACCUGCCUGUCAGGGUCGUGUGUUCCAGUACUUGCUACCGUGCUGAGACCGACACGGGCCAGGAGCCCUGGGGGCUAUACCGCGUUCACCAGUUCACCAAGGUACUGGGAGCACUGGGAGACCCCUGGGAAGGGAAAUGCAGCGGGGUCACCCCAUGUGCCCCCCCGGAAGGUGGAGAUGUUUGGGGUGACAGCAGCCGAACGUGGGACAGAGAGUGAGGAGCUGCUGGACGAGUUCCUGGGGCUCCAGAAGGAGAUUUUCUCAGAGCUGGGGCUCCAUUACCGUGUCCUGGACAUGCCCACAGAGGAGUUGGGGCUCCCUGCCUACCGCAAGUUCGACAUCGAGGCCUGGAUGCCCGGACGGGGCAAAUUUGGGGAGAUUUCCAGCACUUCCAACUGCACCGAUUACCAGAGCCGGCGGCUGAACAUCAUGUACAGCGGGGAGGGGGGCCGGCUGAGCCAUGCACAUACAGUGAAUGGCACUGCCUGCGCCGUGCCACGCGUGCUCAUCGCACUUCUUGAGUGCAACCAGCUCCCGGAUGGCCGUGUCCGAGUGCCCCCUGUGCUGCAGCCACUGGUGGGGCGGGAGGUGCUGGCUCGGCCUCCUGCGCCCCUCCUGCGCUACAUUGGCCCCAACCAGCCCGGGGGUGUUCCCCCUAAAAUGGGGGGGCUGCCCUGAGCUGGGGGAGGGGUCUUCAUGGGGGAGGCAGAGCCACGGCAGUGUGCAGAUGGAGCUGGGACGCGGUGGGAUGGACACGCAGGACACUGGACAUGCAACAACCCCAUCCAGUGUGUUCCACGUGUGUCCCAAGAGUGACAAAUUCCGGGAAUAAAACCUGGAAAUCA